AUGAAAGAUAUCAUGAAAAAGGAGAUCACCAAAUGGCUUGACGUGGGAGUCAUUUAUCCCAUCUCUGACAGCCAGUGGGUAAGCCAUGUCCAAUGUGUGCCUAAGAAAUGGGGCAUGAUUGUAGUCACUAAUAAUGAAAAUGAGCAGAUACCCACCAGAACAGUGACUUCGACGGAGGUGGUAGUCAGAGGGUGGCCAAUGGAGUUGGUGGCCAGAAUGUUGCCAGUGUGGGGGGAAGGGAGGUUUCCAGAGGUUGGUCGAUGGUGGUCGGAGUUGACCAUUAACAACUGGAGGUUGGCCAACGACGGUCAUCAAGGUGGCAGCCAGAGUUGGCCGGUGGCGGUCGCCAAGGUGGCAGCCGAAGUUGGUCAAUGA